ACCUGAGCCACGCCCAGCCAGGUGAGGAACCCGGAAGUGCCCUGCUUACAACCUUAACGACAAGGGCUACUGAACACCGAAUUACAAUAACGUGCUUUCAAACCAAUAUGAGAGAGAAGAAGUCGUGAUUACAAGUGGAAUAGUGUUUCUUUGUGGAAACAAAAUGAGUUGGCUGGUUUUUGGACUGCUCCUGGUUCUGACUGCAGGUGUUUCAGAGGCAAACGCAGUAACUGUAACCACUGGACCUUACACGAAGGUGACCAUAAGCAGACCGACAGAGGGCCCUGACUGUUUCGUAUGUGUAGGUGAAGGCUCCGCGCAGACUUGUAAAUUACGAGCUGACAUUAAUCAACUUCAAACCCUUCAUGUGUCCUUCAACUGCAGCAGACCUCAAGACAUCUUCACUAUCGAGAUUAAUAGGGACUUUGACUGUUCAAUGAGCUGCAACUAUGGUCCCAUACAAGCCGACUGGUCCUUCUUCCAAGAUUUCAAAAGAGUUUUUACAUGGGACCUAAGAUUCAAAUCAUCCACCAGGUCAUUUCAGCUGGAGUUUCCAGGUCCAGGAAUGAGACAGAUCCAGUCAUCAGAACAAUGUCCGGACAAUCACACAUACUCAAUCCUGAUGUACUUACGGGCAGGACCCAUGAACCUUGGCAAAUUCUGUCAAAAUGGCACAAUCACUCGCAUCCAGAUUCUUUGGAAAUGGCGCUUAACUCUGGAGGUUCCCAAAGAAACAACCCUGAGCCAAUUCUCCUUCAAAUACUCAGAGGUUGUCGGUUCAGUGUUUGCUGUAGAUGCCGUCCUACCUCGUGGCAUCUCAAACACAGACUUCUUCAGUGCCAGUGGCUUCCCUUUUGCGUAUACAGUGAUGUGGAACUUUGUUGUACCACCCAGGCAUAACUUCACUGUUGAUUUUGUGAAGUACAACAAGCCAGAGUGCCAAGGCAAACCAGUUAAAGUGAUAUACCAGCAGGCCAACAUGGCUCCAGUGGAAAAAACACCAACUGAUGAGCAGCCUGCUAAUUAUAAUAGAAACUUCAGCUUGUCUCUGACAAAUUGUGAUGGCAAAACUGCUGGGGGUUCAAGUGAUAGUGGGCUCUUACUCAACUUCAGGGUCUCUGUGUUUAGAGGUGGAAUUCCAGAUUUGUGUGCAGUGGAUCUUCAGAAUGAUAAAGGCCUGAGCCUUCAAAUCGAGAAGAAGAAUCAGGCUGAACUCUGUGAGAUUGGUAUGGAUAAAGUAGUGAAGGAGAAGAUCGUUGUGCCAGCCGGCUCCAAAGUCAGCCUGUCCUUUUUGGACUGCCUGAAGGACGAUCUCAUUCUCACAGCCACCAAGACCAUUGAGUGCCAGAAUUUGGCCUCUUGUCCUUCAGUUGCUGGGACUCUCCUUACUAUACCGUUGGUUGACUCCUGCCUGCCGCCUUCACUUAGCCAGGUCACCUGGGUCUUGAACGUUCCCGAGCGGGGCAGUGUGGAGCUGAGUGCACCUCAGGGCAGCCUGUAUCAGUCAGUGCCUGGAGAUCAGGUGUGUGAUCAGCUGCUGUCUGCACAGGUCUCUGCAGCCAAUAACUUCAGCAUUGGUGAUUUCUGCUCUGCUAGUAAAGGCAUCAUUCAGAGGAUUCAGAUCUCCUCCAGCAUCACAGUUACUACCAGUGCUGAUGGGAAUAAGGACCUGAGACAAGUAAUGGCACCUCUUCUAAAUGCAUCCUUUAAUUCAGAGAUUGACGAGACCUUGAUCUACACUGUCUAUCCACGUAUCUCAACCUCUGCACUCAUUAUGACACCCAACUGGCCUGGGGAAAUGAAGCCAGACUCCACCUUAUCAUAUAUUGUAAAUGUUCCUGAGGAUUACAGUGCUCAGCUGCUCUUCAGUAACGUCACUUUUCCAGAAUGCCUAAAGAAUCACGCUGAAGUCCAUAUUCAGGAGCUAGGCUCAGAUCUGGAAGUAGGCUUCAGGGAGGAUGAGAAGUUGGUUCUUGAGCACAACAUUUUGAAAAGUUUUUACCUCAAUAUGUCCAACUGUGAACCUGAGAAAGGCAUAUUUGCCAUUCUGAGCAAGAUCUCCCUGCAGAAGAAGCCCGGCAAACUGCUGAGCAUCAUUUUGGGGGUGGUUGGAGCACUGUUGGCACUCUUGAUCAUCAUUCUUGUUGUUGUUUGUGUGGCAGUAAGGAAAAAGAAGCGGCAAAUCAACAGGUCCUCUAUCUACAUUCCCAAAGGAAACGUUUCUCUACCUGGUGAUGUCUUGUUCCCAAAAACACGAGCUGACAACGAUUCCCACGUGUACACUUCUAUCGAUGAUACCAUGGUGUAUGGCCACCUUCUGCAGCAGGACCUGAGCGGUCCUGGCCAUUUCAACGGCCAUCAAGUAGACGGCUAUAAAGCAUUUUCUGGCCCCGUGGACAAGACGAUUAAGGAUACUCUAUAUGACCCGACUGUGGAGCGAGGACCUGACAAAGAUACGUACCAUCCUUUCCUGGCUCCAUCUGAAACUUUUAUUCCAUCCAGGCCUCGCACUCCACUGGGUCGUUUGGACUCCAUGGAUUAUGAGGACCGCAGGAUGGUGGAUAACACACUGUAUACAUUCAAAACCCCAGGUGAACCAAAUCAGAUGAACCGCUCUGCUGCAGAUCCGGUAUUUUGCCAGAGCCUGAUGAUAAUUCUUGGUCAGAGUCUGAGCUGGCUGAUCCAGAAUAUGAGGCCACAUAUGAGGAGGAUAUGUAGGAUUUAUCUCAUGGUGGAGAAAAUGAACCCUGUCACACAAAGGUGGAAUGUUCUGAUCUAAGGUCAGGUGGUGCAUUUAAUUUCUCAUGGGAUGCUAUGAAAGCGGGCUGUCCUGCUGCUCAGGGGCGCAUGAAGGUCAUAAAAGCAAGCCGCAUUAGCAUGUCUAUACUGAUCAACAGCACCAUCACGAUACACCCACACCAUGUUCUCUAUAUACAUGUGUUUUAUGGAUGUUUUACAGAGAAACGAAGCAGAACAUGCUGCUUCUGUAAAACUCAGUGUUUUAGUUGUUUGUCUAUAUAUUUUUAUUCCCAAAUCCCAUCUACUGACUCAAAGUUGGAUUCUUUACCUGGUUAUUCAUAGAUUCUGUUCAUGGUAAAGGGAAUGAGAAACUUUGAAAGUUUCAGAAGUUAUAUUGACCUCAAAUGAAACUUUGAAUCUGGAAUUUUUUUUUUUUUUAAUGCAAUAGCUUAUUUGCCAUGUGUGUUCUUAAUCGUUGCCAGACUUCAUCUGAAGAAUAUCGAAUCAUUUGGAUUUGCAGAUUUGUUAGAAAUAUUUUGUUUUUAGUUACUGUUCACAUUUUUUUUAAAUAAAUUUUAAAUUCUUGAAA